CUUAAUAGCCCCAUUUUUGUAUAUACUGAUCAGUGCAGUGUUGGUCCACAAGUGCACCACUGCUGGUCCAGAUCAGCUAUUUUGGUGCUUAACCCUUCGAACACUACCCAACAUUGUGCUCUCCCAGACUUCAUAAACUGUAUUUUACACAACUCUUUUUCCAGUUUUGAAAAUCACAAAUUUAGAAACAAAUUGGACACCUUUGACUCCGGGAUUAGAGUACUAGUUAUGCUGUCUGUCUGUGGGAACUGCUAGUUGGGUGGUGGCGUUUUUUAUUUAUUUAUUUUUUUUAAAGUCUGUAGACCCAACCAGUCAGGUUGCAGGUAGGUGGGUGUAUUUUUCGAAGGGUUAAUGGAUUCUUAUGUAUACAGAAGUGUCCUAAGCAGGUAGGCAGGCAGGCAGGCAGUCACAAACAUGAGGUCUUUAGAAAUGUGAGCGAUUACUCAUCAGAAAAGCAGAAUUUAUUUGCACAUGUUAAGGUAGCACCUUAUUUAGUAAAAAUAACAGUUAGAGGUGUAUGGAAGAUCUAGGAAGCCAGUGUAGUUGAUUAUUUUUUUUAAACCUAGUUACGAGGUAAACAAAUCAGUGCUUUUCAACCAGACACCCAGACUGGUGGCAAUUUACUAUCAUAGCAUGUUUAUGCUAUGUUUUUCUUCUUCUCCUUCUUCUUCUUUUUUUUUUUUUUUUAAAGCCACAGCUUUUUUUUCUGAAAGCUGCUUUGCAUGUAACACCAUAUGACUAUAUAGUAUGUGGUGUUGCUUGCUAGCAUUGUGGAUGCAUAUUUAAUAAAUUGUUCCUAAUAAACUGCUGGUUAAAUGAGCAAAACGUGUGUAUGAAGCAAACUUGUAUGCACUAGUUGAUUUGACUAGUUGACAAAAAUUCUUAAAGUAUAUGUAGCGAGGAAAGCGGUCAGCUUAGGGAUUCAGUUAUACACUGGACAAAUCACGAUGCAUGUAGCAAAUUUCAAACAGGAUCAUCCUCUAUUUAAGUGUUGUGUAAAUAUAUUUCUAUUUUAUUCCUUAAAAUAGAAAUAUAUCUUAAAGAAUCUGUGUACAAACACUCCACAGCCCCAUACUAACUGUGCUUAAUUUCUCUCCUACAGCAGUACUGCUAUGCCAGUCCUGUCUGCACUCUCUUAAGGGUGCAGCACCUCAUCCUGUGUAGGUUAUGGUGAACAAAGAGAAGAGAGUUGAUCAGAUUUAGGAAUAUUUUGUGGGGGGGCAUGGUUUUAACAACUCUCUGUACCCAAAGUUCUGAACUUCCUCUCAACCUCAUCCCUCCCCAUUUUGUCAUUUCUAAUUUAUUUCGCCCAAUUCAUCCUGUUUUUAAUUUUUUUUCAACGACAAUAAAAAUAUCAAGAUUCUGAUAUCCAAAUCUACCUCCUUAAAAUGCUUAUAGGUGCUUUAACACAAUUUUUUUCCAUACCCUUAAUGAUGCAAUUCUAGCUUUACACAUCAUUAAUAUUGCUUUGUAAUUCUAAUUAGAGUUAUAGUCUUAUAUGAGGUUUGAGUACAGUGAGUGACAAGGGCAUCACAGGUGCUAUACUGUUGUGUGUGAGUUCAAACCAUUUUCCAAAGUGUUACUAAUGGUAAAGAGCAAUUUUCUAGGCUUCUUUUCUGCCGGUUGAAGUCUGACUGCAGAUGGACCCUUGGCACUGAAAGUGGGGCAAAACGCCAGAUCCCAAGAUGCCUCACAGGUCGUACAUGGAUGUGAUGAAGGAGCAGCAUCUUUCUAAAGAAGAGAGAGAAAUCAGACUGCAGAUGGCAGAAAAGGCAAAAUCAGGGGACCUGAAAGCAGUCAAUGGUUCUGCUGCGUCUCAAGCUGCCGCUCCCAAACGUAAGCGUCGAUGGGACCAGACUGCUGACCAGACACCAAGCUCUACUCCCAAAAAAGUGUCCAGUUGGGAUCAGGCAGACAGCGCAGCGGAGACACCAGGACACACACCUGGACACACACCAUCAAACAGUCGCUGGGAUGAGACGCCUGGUCGUCCCAAGGGUAGCGAGACCCCUGGUGCCACACCCAGUACACGCAUGUGGGACCCCACACCCAGCCACACGCCUGCUGGUGCUGCAACACCAGGCCGUGACACCCCUGGGCACGCCACACCCGGCCACGGUGGUGCCACGUCCAGCGUGCGUAAAAACCGCUGGGACGAGACGCCAAAGACAGAAAGAGAGACACCUGGCCAUGGCAGUGGCUGGGCUGAGACACCUCGUACAGACAGAGGAGAUGAAUCUGUGGGGGAGACUCCAACUCCUGGUGCAAGCAAAAGGAAGUCCCGUUGGGAUGAGACCCCUGCCAGUCAGAUGGGCUCCUCCACGCCUCUGCUCACUCCUGGAAAGACCCCUAUUGGAACACCAGCUAUGAAUAUGGCCACACCCACUCCAGGUCAUUUGAUGAGUAUGACUCCUGAGCAACUUCAGGCAUGGCGCUGGGAGAGAGAGAUCGACGAGCGAAAUCGUCCUCUUACCGAUGAGGAGCUGGAUGCCAUGUUUCCUGAAGGCUACAAGGUGCUGCCCCCGCCAGCAGGUUAUGUGCCUAUUCGCACCCCUGCCCGUAAAUUGACUGCAACUCCAACGCCAAUCGGAGGCAUGACUGGCUUCCACAUGCAGGCUGAAGACCGAACCACCAAACAGAUGAAUGACCAGCCGUCUGGCAACCUGCCCUUCCUAAAACCAGACGACAUCCAGUACUUUGACAAACUUUUGGUGGAGGUGGACGAGUCCACUCUGAGUCCCGAGGAGCAAAAGGAGCGUAAGAUCAUGAAGCUUCUUCUGAAAAUAAAAAAUGGCACCCCUCCCAUGAGAAAGGCUGCUCUCAGGCAAAUCACAGACAAGGCCAGAGAAUUUGGUGCUGGCCCUCUCUUCAAUCAGAUUCUACCCCUGCUUAUGUCUCCUACGCUUGAAGAUCAGGAGCGCCAUCUAUUGGUGAAGGUUAUUGAUCGCAUCUUGUACAAACUGGAUGAUUUGGUUCGUCCGUACGUCCACAAGAUCCUUGUGGUGAUCGAGCCCUUGCUGAUUGAUGAAGAUUACUAUGCCAGAGUAGAGGGCAGAGAGAUUAUCUCCAACUUGGCAAAGGCUGCUGGUCUGGCCACUAUGAUUUCCACAAUGAGGCCUGACAUUGACAACAUGGACGAGUAUGUGAGAAACACAACAGCUCGUGCCUUUGCUGUUGUGGCUUCUGCUUUGGGGAUUCCCUCCCUAUUGCCUUUCCUUAAAGCUGUGUGCAAGAGCAAGAAGUCGUGGCAGGCUCGUCACACAGGCAUUAAAAUUGUGCAGCAGAUUGCCAUCCUCAUGGGCUGUGCCAUCCUCCCUCAUCUCCGCAGCUUGGUAGAGAUUAUCGAACACGGUCUUGUGGAUGAGCAGCAGAAGGUACGAACCAUCAGUGCUUUGGCUAUUGCUGCGCUGGCGGAGGCUGCCACACCCUACGGUAUCGAGUCUUUUGACUCUGUGCUUAAGCCUCUUUGGAAGGGUAUCAGACAACACAGAGGCAAGGGUCUGGCUGCUUUCUUAAAAGCCAUUGGAUACUUGAUUCCUCUUAUGGAUGCCGAGUAUGCCAACUACUACACAAGGGAAGUGAUGCUUAUCCUGAUUCGAGAGUUCCAAUCUCCAGAUGAGGAAAUGAAGAAGAUUGUCUUGAAGGUAGUGAAGCAAUGCUGUGGGACAGAUGGUGUGGAGGCCAACUACAUCAAAACAGAGAUUCUGCCCGCUUUCUUUAAACACUUCUGGCAGCACCGUAUGGCCUUGGACAGACGUAACUACAGACAGUUAGUAGAUACUACAGUAGAGCUAGCCAACAAAGUUGGUGCAGCAGAAAUCAUUUCAAGAAUCGUGGAUGACUUGAAGGAUGAAGCUGAGCAGUACAGAAAGAUGGUUAUGGAGACAAUCGAGAAGAUCAUGGGUAACCUGGGUGCAGCAGACAUUGACCACAAACUAGAGGAGCAGCUUAUUGAUGGAAUCUUGUACGCUUUCCAAGAACAGACCACAGAGGACUCUGUGAUGCUAAACGGUUUUGGAACGGUGGUGAAUGCUCUGGGCAAGCGAGUUAAGCCCUACCUGCCUCAGAUCUGUGGUACUGUCCUGUGGCGUUUAAACAAUAAGUCAGCUAAAGUCCGUCAGCAGGCUGCUGACCUCAUUUCUCGCACAGCUGUGGUUAUGAAGACCUGUCAAGAGGAGAAACUGAUGGGUCAUUUGGGUGUAGUGCUGUACGAGUACCUGGGAGAAGAAUACCCUGAAGUGCUUGGAAGCAUCCUUGGAGCCCUUAAAGCUAUUGUUAACGUCAUUGGUAUGCACAAGAUGACUCCUCCAAUUAAGGAUUUGCUUCCUCGUUUGACACCCAUCCUAAAAAACAGACAUGAAAAGGUGCAAGAAAACUGCAUUGAUCUCGUGGGCAGAAUUGCUGACAGAGGUGCAGAGUAUGUGUCUGCCAGGGAGUGGAUGCGAAUCUGUUUUGAGCUGCUGGAGCUGCUGAAGGCUCACAAGAAGGCAAUCCGGCGAGCCACAGUCAACACGUUCGGCUACAUUGCUAAGGCAAUCGGACCUCAUGAUGUCCUUGCCACGCUGCUUAACAACUUGAAAGUGCAGGAGCGUCAAAACAGAGUUUGUACAACAGUUGCCAUAGCCAUCGUGGCAGAGACAUGCUCACCCUUCACCGUUCUCCCAGCACUGAUGAACGAGUAUCGUGUACCUGAACUAAAUGUUCAGAAUGGUGUGCUUAAAUCCCUCUCCUUCUUAUUCGAAUAUAUCGGUGAAAUGGGCAAGGACUACAUUUAUGCUGUCACUCCAUUAUUGGAGGAUGCGCUGAUGGACAGAGAUCUUGUGCAUCGUCAGACAGCCAGUGCUGUGGUGCAGCACAUGUCUCUGGGUGUUUAUGGGUUCGGUUGUGAGGACUCUCUCAACCACUUGCUCAACUAUGUUUGGCCUAAUGUUUUUGAAACAUCGCCGCACGUCAUCCAAGCUGUAAUGGGAGCGCUUGAGGGACUCAGAGUGGCUAUCGGACCAUGCCGGAUGUUACAAUAUUGCCUGCAGGGUUUGUUCCAUCCCGCACGGAAAGUUCGUGACGUGUACUGGAAGAUUUAUAAUUCCAUCUACAUCGGCUCCCAGGAUGCUCUGAUUGCACAUUAUCCCCUCGUCUACAAUGAUGAGAAGAACCCAUACGUGCGCUAUGAGCUGGAGUACUAUCUGUGAAUAUGUUUAAACUUGUGCACUCUUUCUUUUUUCCUUUUAUUCUAACAGACAUGGUUUAUAGUCCGUGGUCCGUUUACUUUUAGUUAUGUUGGUUUGCAGCUUCAUCUACCACAUGCUUGAGGUUAGCAAAUCCGUUUUAAAUUAAAGUACAGACCAUUUAAAAAGAAGGGUAAAAUGAAACUGCGUAUUUGGAUUUUUUUUUUUUUUUUUAACUAAAAUCAUAACCAAUUGCAGUGAAAUGUAGCGGCAGAUUUGCCAGGAAAAAUUAAGCCCUAAGUAGGAAAGUCUUGACAACCAUCUUAUGUGUAAUAAUUUCUGUGCAGUCAUCUGUUCUUACUGGAUAUUGCUUGUUAUGGCUAAAUAAACAUUUGUGUAUGAAAAGGC